AUGUAUGAAUCCUACCGUCCUCAUCCCCUCCUCGCCCAGGUCCCCUUGACCGUCUCCCCGUUCAUUAACCUCCCCACCUCCGUCACCCUCCCCUACACCUACAAAUCCGUUCCCUCCACCCUCCCUCCCUCCGUCACGGUAGAUCCCAACAACCCAGACGCCAAUCCCCGCUACAUCAUCUCCACCAGCGGCGAGCACGCCGCGUCUCCCGAGGAGAUCCUAGCCUCAUGCCAAUCCCUCAAGCAGCACCUGAACAAGAUGCGCUCCGACGCCGACCAGGCCAUCCACGCGUGGGAAGAGUCUAUCACCCAGCGGGAGCUGGCGGAGAAGCGUCGUCUGGCUCCGGGUUGGCUCGACCGGGAGGAGAAGCUGCUUCGACCGACGAAUGCGCCCACCGGGCCCUCGUCGCAAUCGCAUCCCGACCAGCCCAGUUUGCUGGAUAGUAGCGACGUGGCUGAUCCGGGGGCUUCUCGGUUACCGUCGAUUAAACCCCGUGAUGAGGGAGAGGAGCUGGAUCGGGCGUUUGGGGGUUUGGGUUUGAAGUCGGGUGGUGGGUGA